AUGGGGACGCUCGUAGCCAAGCUGCUGCUGCCCACCCUCAGCAGCCUGGCCUUCCUCCCCACCAUCAGCAUCGCGGCCAAGAGGCGCUUCCACGCAGAGGCCAUGGUGUACCUCUUCACCACGUUCUUCCUGGCGCUCCACCAUGCCUGCAGCGGCCCCGGGCUGGCCAUGCUCUGCUUCCUGCGGCUGGACCUCCUGCACUACUUCAGCGUCUACGGCACGGCCCUGAGCAUGUGGCUGUCCCUGAUGGCACUGGCCGACUUCGACGAGCCUCAGAGGUCCACGCUGGCAAUGUUCGGGGUCCUGACCAUCGCCGUGCGGGUGUACCAGGACCGCGAGGGCUACGGCGUGUACUCCGGCCCCAUCGGCACCGCUGUCCUCAUCAUGGCCACAAAAUGGCUGCCAAAGAUGAAGGAAAAAAGGGGCCUGUACCCCGACAAGAGCGUCUACACCCAGCAGAUCGGGCCCGGGCUCUGCUUUGGGGCGCUGGCUCUGAUGCUACGUUUCUUCUUUGAGGAAUGGGAGUACACCUACGUCCACAGCUUCUACCACUGCGCCCUGGCCAUGUCCUUUGCCCUGCUGCUACCCAAGGUCAACAAGAAGGCGGGAAGCGCGGGGACCCCCGCCAAGCUGGACUGCUCCACCCUGUGCUGUGCCUGCGUCUGA